AUGGAAGAUAUAAAGAUAUUGAAUGAGGCACGUGCCAACCUACGGGAGUCGAUGAUUGAUCUGAAAGCUCGUUCCAUGAGGGACAAUCUAAUAUUCAGUGGAAUAUGGGAAGAGAAAAAUGAAGACACCGAAGCAGUGUUACAAGAAUUUAUCCACCGCAAAUUUAAACAUUACUACGAGAUUUCAUUUGAGAGAGUGCAUAGGGUGGGAAAGUGGAACGAAUUUAACGAAUACCCCCGCAACAUAGUGGCUAAGUUCUCUUUCUUUAAAGAUCGAGAGUUCAUACGGACACGUGCACCCCAAAAACUAAGUGGAACUCAUGUCUGGGUCAAUGAGCAAUAUCCCACUGAAAUAGAAGAAAAAAGGAAGAAAUUGUAUCCCGUCAUGAGACAGGCCAGAAAAGAUAAGAAAAAGGUGAAACUUGUUCGUGACAUAUUAUACAUUGACGGUGAAGUUUACAUUCCUAACUCGCUUGAUCAGAUCUAG